AUUUUCGAAAACUUUCUUCUCAUUGUUCAUCUCCAUUUUAAGACAACGUACAUUGGUUUGAUCUGAUCUAUCUAAAGAUUAGUGUCUCCCAGAAGAUUCGUCUCACAUUUUUUUUUUAUGAAGUUCUGUUUGUGAGAUUCUGUGACAAUGAUGGAUGAUGAUCAUAAAGUUUCCAAUGACAUUAGUUUACUUCCUGAUCUUAAUUUCGAUUCUUCCUCGCCUUUUACUAGUAUCGAAUUCGAUUCAUCGAUUUGUGAUCUCCUAAACUUGGAAACCGGUGGAGAUACACCAAAUCUUAUACCUGACCAUAAUCCGUUUUUUGAUUCUUUCGAUGGACUUCAAGAAGAAGAAGAAGAUUCACAUUUUGUUGUUGAACCAGAGUCUCCAAAGGUGUAUAUUGCACCAAGAGUCAUGAUAAACCAUCAAGACUCGUUUUCGCUAGACUCUCGAAACGAUGAAUAUAUCGAAGAUGUAAAGAUAUUGCCUGGCUCACCUGGAGGAAUUCAAGAUCUUGGUCUUUCACGUCUUAAAGUUCCUGGCUCACCAAGAGCUUUUGUGCAUCCGAGAUCAUCUGGAUCCCCGCGUUUCGUGUCACCGACAAGUCCUGUCUUGAUCGAUACCGCUGCACCGUUUGAAUCGGUCAAGGAAGCGGUUUCUAAGUUUGGUGGAAUCACAGAUUGGAAAGCACAUAAAAUCCAAACAAUAGAGAGACGGAAGACGGUGGAUCAAGAGCUUGAGAAGAUACAAGAAGAUAUGCCUGACUACAAGAAACAAGCAGUUGUAGCGGAAGAAGCAAAGCAUCAGGUGGUGAUGGAGCUUGAGAGGACAAGGAAUGUCGUCGAAGAGCUAAAACUGGAGCUAGAAAAGGCUGAAAAAGAAGAGCAACAAGCGAAACAAGAUUCUGAUCUCGCGAAGCUGCGUGUGGAAGAAAUGGAGCAAGGGAUAGCUGGUGAGGUAAGUGUUGCAGCGAAAUCGCAGCUCGAGGUGGCUAAAGCGAGGCAUUUGUCAGCGGUGUCUGAGCUAGGAACCAUAAGAGAAGAGAUAGAAAUGGUGUCCAAUGAGUAUGAAUCUCUUUUGACGGAGAAAGAUUUGGCUGCUAAAAAAGCAGAGGACUCUGUUUUGAAAGCUAAAGAUGUAGAGAAACAAAUGGAGGGUUUGACUAUGGAGGUCAUUGCAACCAAGCAGUUAUUGGAGUUAGCUCAUGCGACUCAUCUUGAAGCUCAAGAAAAGAAACUCGAUGCAGCCAUGGCUCGAGACCAGGACGUUUAUAACCAGGAGAAGGAACUCAAAAUGGUGGAAGAUGAGAUUAAGAGGUUUAGACAAGAUAUUGAUGCGGCAGAUGAUGUCAAAACAAAACUAAAGACUGCUUCUGCACUUCAACAAGAUUUGAGAGCCGAGAUAGCUGCUUACAAAGACUCAAACAUGGGAAAGAGAAACAACAGUGACAUACAAGCAGCGGUUGAUUCUGCUAGGAAGGAGCUUGAAGAAGUUAUAUCCAACAUAGAGAAAGCAAAUUCCGAGGUGAAAACUUUGAAGAUAAUUGUCGGAUCAUUGCAGUCUGAACUCGCGAGAGAGAAGCAUGAUUUAUCGGAAACAAGACAGAGAAACAGAGAAGACACAAGAGAGGAGAAAUGCACAGAGAUAGCUAAGAAGUUGCAAGAAGCUAGCAGGGAGGCAGAGGAGGCAAAGUCACUUGCGAUAGCUGCUCGAGAGGAGCUAAGAAAGGCGAAGGAAGAGUCCGAUGAAGCGAAAACAGGACUCUCUGCGGUAGAAAGACAGUUAAUGGAGUCGAAAAAGGAAAUGGAAGCUUCAAGAGCUUCUGAGAAGUUAGCUUUAGCUGCAAUAAAAGCAUUGCAAGAGACUGAAUAUGCUAACAAAAUCGAAGACAUUAGUAGUUCUCCAAAAAGCAUAAUAAUUUCAGUGGAGGAAUAUUAUGAGCUAAGCAAGCAAGCACAUGAGGUAGAAGAGGCAGCUAAUAGAAAACUAGCGGAGAUCGUCUCCAAAAUCGAGGUGGCUAAGGAAGAGGAAUCAAGAAUCUUGGAAAAUCUAGAGGAAGUGAGUAGAGAAACAGCUAUAAGAAAGGUAGAGCUAAAAGAAGCAAUGACAAAAGUUGAGAAAGCUAGAGAUGGGAAGGUUGGUAUGGAUCACGAGUUGCGAAAAUGGAGGUCGGAUAACGGGAAUAGAAGCCCCGAGGGAGGAAAUAAGGAGAACUUAAGCAAGUCUAAAUCGGCUUUGCAUCAACCAACAACGUUUACAUUUGGUGAACAAGCAAGCAGUAGUAAUGUGACCCCACAAGCAAGCAGUAGUAAUGUGACUCCUGAAACUGAAACAAAAAAGAAAAAGAAGAGGUUCUCUCUGUUACCAAAAGUCUUCAUGUUCUUGUCAAGGAAGAAGUCAUCCAACAAGUAA